CCAUCGAUAAUUAAUAAGAAGCUGCUCAAACGAACAACAACCUUUGUCUUCCCAACUGUAAUUUCACCAAAUGGACGAAUCAACAAAUACAAACAUUCCCAAGUGGAUAAAUGUUGACUAUUUCAAACCGAUUUUGAAGAACGAUGGUGAGGACUACCGGAAAAUUACGAAAUUCACACCAGUUGCAGCAAUUGGACCCGGUGAGAAUUUCGUUUCCGUUAUGUUGCGCAUACACUUGGACCUUGAACUGAAAGAUGGUUCGAAAAAACAUAAAACCUACGUGAUGAAAACUAUGUUGGAAGAUGAAGCUGGCAGUGAUGUGAUUGAACGACUGGAACUCUUCCCCAAAGAAUUGGAUAUGUAUGGGAUAUUUCUACCAGCUUUCGAGAAGUUGUACAAAGAUGCUGGCAAGCCAGUGCAGCUUGCACCACGUUGUUUACUCACCGAGACGAAGGGAAACCGCAUGAAUUUCGUCUUUGAGGACUUGUCCGUUAAGGGCUAUCGGAACGUUGAUCGUAUUAAGGGCUUGAAUAUGGAUCAAAUGAGUCGAGCACUGCAAAAGCUGGCGGAAUUUCAUGCCGCAUCCGUGGUAUAUUACGAACAGCAUGGUCCUUAUCCAGAAAAGUAUAAAUUCGGUUUUGUACAAGAAACGGAUUAUGAACACCAAAAGGAAUUAUUUGAAAUGCGGAUUAUACAAUUCAAAGAAGCCAUGAAAGGUUGGGGUCUCAAAGAUGUUGACAAAUAUUUCAAGAAGCUGCUCACAUUCGAACAAUGCUGGAAAUGCAUGAUGAAGAAUGUACGCGAGACCUCACGCAACUCAUUCAAUGUGCUGAAUCACGCCGACUUUUGGAGCAGUAAUGUGAUGUACACGUUUUUGGAGAAUGGCACUGUGGAUGAUGUUAUGUUGCUCGAUUUCCAAAUGUGCAAAUGGGGUAGUCCCGUUGAGGAUCUGAUAUUCAUGAUAACGGUGUCGGCCGCCAAAGAUAUACGCAUUAAGGAAUAUGAACAUUUCGUUGCCAUUUAUCAUGAGCGUCUUGUCGAGUGCCUGAAGGUUCUAAAUUACAAGAAUCCAUUACCGAAGCUCAGGGACUUACAAAUGGAUAUGUACCGUGAUAACAACACUUUUUAUGCUAUGUACUCGGUUUUAAACCAUUUGCCGCUCAUUUUAUUGCCACCUGAUAAAGAUAGCACCGUUGCAUCUUUCUACAGCCCGAAUGAGGAUGGUCAGCGCUUUCGAAGGAAGAUUUACACAAACCCCCACUAUAAAGCUGCCAUGUUGGAUAUCUUGCCAUUCUACUAUAAUCGCGGUAUAUUUAAUUUUACGGAUUUCGAUGAGUAGUCAACUAUUAUAACAAGUACUUAUGACUUAUGUCAAAUGUCUUAUUAUAAAAUGUAUGAAUGGCGUUAUUCCUAUGUUAGCACAGUAGUUAGGUAAUUGGUAAAGUUUCCGUUAAGAAUAUGUGUAUAUUUUAU